CAUCACACGCUGCUGGCAGCAUGGAGGAGGCAGGGGAAGAGCUGCAGUCUGAGGGCAUCCAAGUGCUGCUGGGUGACCAGAGCAGAGGACACCCCCCCUGCUGCCCACAUGGCCCCGCACUAUUGUUUGUAAAGGUGUCUCGAGGAAAGGAGCAGGGGAGAAGAUUCUAUGCCUGCUCCGCCUGUCGUGACAGGAAGGAUUGUCGCUUCUUCCAGUGGGCGGAUGAAAAGAUCUCACAAGCCAGACUUCUAGCAAGAGAGGAGUAUAAUCGCAGCUGCCAGCCCCCUAUGACCCAUCAGCAGUACAUGACCAGGUUCCAAGAAUUCAUUCUACUGCCAUUAGCCAAAAGGAAGUUUUGCCGAGACUGUCAGCAGCUUUUGCUGGAGGGUGAUUGGCAGGAGCACUCGGGGCACCGUGUUCUUGGUGAUGUCGCCAUAUCUCAUCUGAAGACCCCCAGUCAGCUGCUGCGUCCGCUGGAGAACAAGAGAAGUAAUGCCCAGUACCUGUUCUCAGAUAGAAGCUGCACAUUUCUCCUGGACACCAUUACCAGCCUGGGCAAUACCCGGGUACUGUGUGUGGGCACUCCCAGAUUACACGAGUGGAUAAAAUCAAAGUCACCCGAAAACUCAAAACCAAAAGUGAAGAGUCUCCUGUUAGACAUUGACUUCAGGUAUUCCCAGUUCUAUGGCAAGGAAGAAUUUUGUCAUUAUAACAUGUUCAAUCAUCAUUUUUUUGGUGGAGAGGCCUCACAGAAAAUCUGUCAGAAGUUUCUACAGGAAGAUAAUGGACGAGGGGUUAUCAUGGUGACCGAUCCACCGUUUGGAGGUUUAGUUGAACCUUUGGCUUUUAGCUUUAACAAAAUUAGGGAUAUGUGGAAGACGACAUCAGCUAAAGUUCCUUCCACAGAGCUGCCGAUAUUUUGGAUCUUCCCCUACUUCUUUGAGACCCGUAUCCUCCAGUGUUUUCCUGACUUCAGCAUGUUGGAUUAUCAGGUAGAUUAUGAUAACCACACCUUGUUCAAACACGGCAAGACUGGAAGGAAGCAAUCACCCGUUCGCAUUUUUACCAACAUUUCCCCAGAAAGUAUUGUCCUCCCAGCAAGCGAGGGCUACAGGUUCUGCUCAAUCUGUAAGAGAUGCGUGUCCUCGGAAAACAGACAUUGUGAAACCUGCACAUCUUGUACCUCCAAGGAUGGCCGAGCGUGGAAACACUGUCACCUGUGUAAUAGAUGCGUGAAGCCGUCAUGGACACACUGUUCCUCUUGUGGGCGUUGUGCUCUUGAAGGUCAUUCCUGCGGCAGUAAGGUAGAAGGCUGUUUUCUGUGUGGAGACAAAGAUCAUAAACGCAGCAGCUGUCCGCGCCAUAAAUCAAAGCAAAAUCAGAGCAAACGAAGUCUAAAAAUAAGUGUAAAGAAGUCUUCACGGAUUCCAGCUCUUUGGAAGAAGAAAAAUAAACAGAAGAAGAAGCCGUCAUCCUGAGUGCACGUCACAAUAAGGAUGCUUUCACACUGCUUUGCAGGGUCCAUUUGCCCUAUCCAUAGGCCCCCAUUGAGGGCCAAAUGAGUGUCCCUUUGUGACAACUGUUUGGGUUAUACAUCUGGAAAUCCUCCUGACAUAUACCUCUUAUGGACACUGCAAGACACCAUGUGAAAUCAGCCCAACUUGUAGUGCAUGACGUCAAAGUUACUGUCUGCACUUGUUUAGUACAUUCUUGUUCCUUUGUGUUUCAUUGUCCUUUCUUCUAUUUCGAAAGAUCUUUGUAAUUAUUAAACUGACCCAACUCCUGGGUUUU